CUCUAGGUUGUUCUGCCUCCUAAACAUAGGCUGUCAGUUUUUUUCACUUCAUCAUCUAAGUGUGUUCACUCCUUCAUUAACAUCAACAAGUUGAAAGGAUGUCUCCAUCUUAUUUUCUCUUCAUUUGUGAGUAUUCAAUUAUCUAUUAUUUUAAUAAUAUGAAUUAAUUGUAACAGAGUAAUUCAUUUAGAUGAUGUAGGUUUAAUAUGUAGGACUUCACAUAAAAGCAUUUUUUAAAUGUUUUGCCAUGUUUAAAGGUAUGGCUGCUGUUGCAGUUAAAGAAGGUUGUGCAGAUUCAGUCCCUACUCCCACCAUUGUGUUAGACCCUGGGUACAUCAAUGUAGCUAUGCCUGUCAUAGUACGCUGUGAGUCAACAGGUGGCACAAAGUGCCACUUCUACAAAGACCACAACCCCAACCCAAUAAGAGAAGUGAAUUCCGGUGUUUGCCAAUUCAUAUUGUUCUGGAAUGAGUUCAAAAAGUGGAACAAGACUGAAGUAGAUCUCAGCUGUGCUAUUCUACAGAAGGGAGAAGAGAAAAUAAUCCCAACAUUUUCUGACGCUCAAAGACUUCAUGUAAGUGAUUCCAUUGGAAUACCCAGGAUUUUUGUGGAAAAUACAGGAACUUACUUAAGUCUUCGGUGUGAGGCCAAGCAUGCUGGUACCUCAUGCUACUAUUACCUGAACAACAGUGACUUCCCGUUUAAAAGUCAGCCCUACAAAGACAAUGUCUGUGUGGGGAGAGUGGCGGAAAAGGAUCUGCUGAGAAAGAGGAGCAGUGCCGGAGAGGUCUUCAUCACCUGUGCUGUGGAGCUGGUAAUGGAGGGUGAAGAUACUGUGAAAUCACAGCAUAGUGAACCGUUCAAGAUUGCCAUAGAUGACUAUCCUGGGCCCACUACUUCCUUAUCAACAUUCAGUACCAACAAAACCAGUGUAACUAAUGGAGAAGAGUCCUCAGAGUUCCCCCUCUACAUCAGUCUGAGUGUUGGGGCCUUUAGCCUUAUUCUGCUGGUUGUAUCUGUCCUGUGUUUUCUCCGGUACAAGCGAGGUGAUCAACAAGACUGGUCUGCAAAUAGAUCCCAAUGGAACCAGAACAAAGAAGUUAUCUAUGCAAAUGCUUAAUUAUUUCAACAAGGCGGUCUAAAUGUGGGGAUGUGACCAUGCUGCGUUGUACUAGUUCAAGUGUACUUCCACCUGUUGAUGAACUUCCUCCACAUCCUUUCUCUGCUUCCUGAUUUACAUAUCUGCCACUCUCUGCUCUUCAUGUAUUCUGACGCCAUCUGUUCUUCUCGGAUGAAUGGUGUAAUAUCUUACUGGGCAAGAAAUAGAUGUGCAUAGGUUUUAAGACAUGAUCAAUUUGAAGCUUCACAUUGUUUGCAUAUAAGGGUAAAUACCUGUGUUCUUUUAUUACCUUGUCUUUUUUUAACGCUUUUGUCAUUUUAUUACAAUUUUUUUAUCUACUUUGUAUAUUGAUAGUUUUGCUACUUUACAUUUAUUCUGCACAGUUGAGGAAGAGCUGAAAGUAAGCAUUUCACUGUGCCAUUCCACCUUCUGUACUCUGGGCAUGUGACAAAUAAACAUUGAUUUAAUGUGAAGAUUGUGUAGAUUAGUUUUAACAUACUGGUAUACAAUUUUCCUAUUCUGUACAGUUUUUAAUAUGUAACUCUGUUUUGAAUAAAUUCAAUACAUGUAUUGUAUUACAGCAUUCCCAUUU